AAACAGGGCAAUCGUUUGCGUAUUUUGAUGCUGUUCGGUUGGCCAUGCUUAGCACCAUCACUACAAGAUCAAACGAUGAAAUAUAUGGGCCAUUUGCUGAUUGCUUAUAUUAUUCGAGGAUUCAAUAUCAAUCGCAAAAUUGUCCUCCAGGUUGCUUACGUAGUUUUUGGAAGCAUCUGA